GCCCUGGGACUUCCUGAGAGCAGAGCAACUGGUUUCCCUUUUCCUUUCGAUUUCUCCGAAUGGCGGUGAGUCGCUGCUGAGGCGGCUCCUGCGGGCGGCGGGAGUCGGGGGGCGUCAUGGCAUGAGGGGUCCCGAGCAGCCGCCGGGGGCUCCUCUGACGCCGAGGACCCUCCCCGGGAGACGUCGGGACCGGGCGGCCCGGAUCCUGGUGCUGAUGCUCAUCCUCCUGGGGUCCCCGCCCUGCGCCCCAGCCGUGGGCCCCUGCACAGAGGAGGAGUACCUGGUGGGGGCCGAGUGCUGCCCCAAGUGCAGCCCAGGUUACCGGGUGAAGCAGGCCUGCGGGGAGUACACGGGCACAGUGUGUGUCCGCUGCGCCCCCGGGACCUACACCGCCCACCUUAACGGGCUGAAGGAGUGUCUGCCCUGCAGGGACUGCAGCCCAGCCCUGGGCCUGGAGACCCGGCGCGAGUGCUCCACCACGGGGGACGCUGUGUGUGGCUGCGCCCCCGGCCACGUCUGCGUCCUGGAGCACGGGGACAGCUGCACGCAGUGCCAGCCCCACACGGCCUGCAGGCCCGGCCAGAGCGUGAGGCAGAGAGGCACCGAGCAGCAGGACACGCUGUGUGAGGACUGUCCCCCCGGAACCUUCUCUCCCGACGGGACCCUGGAGCAGUGCCAGCCCCAUGUGGCCUGCAGGCCCGGCCAGAGCGUGAGGCAGAGAGGCACCGAGCGGCAGGACACGCUGUGUGAGGACUGUCCCCCCGGAACCUUCUCUCCCGACUGGACCCUGGAGCAGUGCCGGCCCUGGACCAGGUGCAGCCGGCUUCAGGCAGAAGCAAAUCCGGGGACCAGCAGCAGCGACGUCACCUGCUCCUCCUGGCCCCUUAUUCUGCUUGUGCUCCUGCUUCUGCUUCUGCUCGUCCCUGUCCUGGGGGCGCUCGGGGUCCUCGGGGCACGAUGGGCUCUCAGGGGAAGAAAUGGACGACCAGGUGAGCAGCAGGGAGGUCCUCUGGGGCUCAGGGCCCGCUGACUCAUCAGAGACCCUCCAGAUCUGCCCCCCAAUAUGGGGAGACACCCAGCACCUCUUAGGGGGCUCCUGGACAC